AUGUUUCUAGACGAAGGAAGGAAUAAGAGAAAACAUGGUGAUACACUAAACUUCAAGGAUAGACAGAUAAACCACCAGGGCAGUGAUGAUGAACUGGAUGAGGGUAAUGAAAGGAAACUGUCAAGACAAAAUGAUGGAUUAAAGUCCAAGAUCUCCGACAAUGCGAACAACACAGGAAGGUUUCAGGGAAUCCAGUCCGACCGAACCCCUUUAGAUGUUCGAGCUUUAACCCCUAACACAGCUGAGAUGCGGGGAUACCAAGCUAUGCGUCAGGAAUUAGAUCAUGGAGAUUCCAUUGAUUCAAGACAUUCUAUAAGGUAUUACAACGGAGAUUUGACCAACAGAUCACAAAGAACGGAUGAGCUUGAACUGUCCCAAUCCUUUAUGUCCUACCAAAUUUCUCCUAGAUACAAGAAUAGUGACCAGUACAGAAGACAGGCUGUAGGAGAGAAGCCUGAAGCCUGGUUAGUCUUUCCUGACGGACGAGUUCCCGUGAACGGGAGCAGGCUAGAAGACUACCCCUCUCCGAGAGGAAGGGUGUCCAUAAAUGACUACCCUUCACCACGAGCAAAAAUGUCCAUAAAUGACUACCCCUCUCCGAGAGGAAGGGUGUCCAUCAAUGACUACCCGUCUCCCCGGGUCCAGAUGUCCAGAAAUGACUACCCCGGUCCACCACGACGUCUACAGCUGGAACCUGAGAAAGGAUUAGCACGGGCCUUUCCGGUCAACUUUGCCAGCAGUGUUGGUAGCGCACUCAAGGCGAGUUUCACAAAUAUUAACGGAGUUAGGGACACUCCGGUAGAAGAGUUCAAUACUGAUGAAGAGAGAUUAGUUCAAGGUUCUAGCAAACAAGAAAACAGAAAAAGAUGCCCUACAUGGAUCUGGGUAUUCCUUAUCUGUCUUGGAUUAGUGUUAUUGUCUGGAUUACUUAUUGCUAUUGUCUAUGGAAUUGUAGCAGCAACAGAUGCGAGUUCUUCAAGUCUUAUUUCCAGAAUCCAGCCUGGUCCAGGGAACAAUAGUCCUUGUAAUGACUAUGUUGCUCUAACUGAACGCUGGAGACGAAUAACUGGGCUUGGACCUUCACAAACAGGAGAUCCAUUUAAUUGUGAUCGAGAUUUCCAGGAGAGAUGGUACAGAUUUGACGGAGAUGCUGGUACUGUCCUGGCUGAUCAGUCCAGUCCGCCUAGCUGGGAGGAUUGCGGAACCAGUAGGGUGGGUUGGCUAGCAGGCUCACAUCCAGAUAUAAGGGAUGGAACUGUUAACAGAACAUUAUGCGUAACUGCCUUUGGUGGAAACUGUGAGGUUAAAAUGACCAAUGGCCAGGUGCGAGGGUGCCCAGAUCCCCGUGGAGGAAUCUUCUAUGUUUAUUACCUGCUCCGCCCAGGAAUCAGCUGUAACUGGGGAUACUGCGCUCUAGGACCGCCAUCUUGAAUUUUGAACAUGUGGGUUUCACACUAUUAUAAUUUUUGAAUUGUUGAAUUCCACCAAAGAACAAAGAAAUUGCUUCUUGCUUCUUACUUCAUUUUUAUUGCGAUGAUGUUAAAAAAGAUCUUUUAUAACAAAAACAAACAGACAUUUAUUUAUUUAACCCCUAUGACUUAAGAUGCAAAUUCAUCAUCAUUUGCAGUUUUGUUCAUACACAAAUUUUGGAAUUUCUUAAAAAAUGUUGUUCAUCGUUUCUUCUUUAUAAAGCAUCGGAACUUUUUUUGGCAAUAACAUUUCCAGGUUUAAACUGUCAAAAAAGUUUUCAUAAGCGUGAUUCAUGUUUAUUAAACUUUUAUACAUUACAUUAAAUAAACUUA